AUGGCAUUAGUGCGGAAGUAUGGGAAACCAGAUAUCUUCCUCACAAUAAUGUGCAAUCCAAAUUGGGAUGAGAUCAAACAGGACCUUUUGCCUGGCCAAAUUGCACAAGAUCGCCUUGAUCUUGUAACUAGGGUUUUCAGGGCAAAACUUGAGGUGCUGAAGAAGAAAUUGAUGGAGAAUGUUAUCCUUGGUAAGGUUUGGGCUUAUGUAUAUGUUGUGGAGUUUCAAAAGAGGGGGUUGCCACAUGCUCACUUCUUGCUGAUCAUGAAACGGAAGUACAAGCUUACAUGUCCUGAGCAAUAUGAUCUUCUUAUCUCAGCAGAACUUCCAAACAAGAAAAGGUUUCCUGAGUUAUACAAGAUGGGUCAUGAUCGGGCAUCUAUUGCUGUUAGAGGAGGUGAUAAUGCUGAAGGCAAUGGUAAUGUUGAUGAGAUAAAGCAGUUUAGGGAUGCUCGGUGA